UGGAAGCGACACAAUUCGCUUCUCCUCGCUUAUAACCGCCCAAAUGGAGACUGGUGCUGAGGAAUUGAUCCAUCAGUGGUUGGCAAACGUCCCCGAGGGCGCUACAUCACAGCCGGACUAUGAAAGUCUGAAUGCCGCAGAUCUUGAGCCCAAUGGAGGACUUUCCACCGCUCUGGAGCCAACUGAUACUGGUCCUGCGAUUCGUUGGCCCAAGAUCAACAAACGACCUCGAGAUGACAAUGCAGACCAUGGGCAACAGGGCCAACAAGAUAGUACAGGGAACCAGUACGAGAAGAGGCCGCGGCGCAAGACUCGAGAUGAUAAAUAUGAGUAUAAGCGGCCGAGCUUUUCAAGACAACGAACAUCUCAGCCACACAAGGCCAGAGUCCAAAGAUCGCGGAAAAACAGGAAGCAUACGAUGAAUGAUGCAUUUCAUGCAACAAACGUUGCUCGGGACAGACUGACCCUCCGCAAUACCAUGAACAUGGGUAUAUUCAGCAAGGGCAAAGCAUCAUCUCCCAUCAAACUCCGCGAUGUCCCCGACUCUGCUUUUUCCGAGGCCCAGUUCCUAUCCCACAAAGAACGAGGCCAACCGGGAACAGGCACAGGUAAGGGUACGACUUUGGAUGAGUCUCCCCUGCAGAAGAAGCCAGAUGGAAAACAUACGCACCCGAGGGUUUCCCAUUAUGACUUCCAUGAACCUCCAAAGCUGAGGCGCACUGAGACAUAUAUUGGUGAUAACGUGAAUCCAUCGGUGCAAUUCAGCCAAGGGGAUCAAUGGCAUCCAUCGGGGUCAAAUGGUGUCGUUCCCACUCUCCCAGCUGCAGGUCCCACCACUCCAGAUCGCUUGGAACACAUUCCGGGCAAGGCCCAUGAUAUAAACAGUCCAUUACGCCGCUCGGUUCAGGAACCUCCAUCUCCGACGCCAUACACUUGGUCUGUCAGUGACAGGCAUGGAUCGCAGCGAAGUCGAGAGGUGGAGGAUCGUCUGCUGAAGAUCCUACACGUCGGACUGUCCCCACAAAAGUCAGGUCAUCAAGAUGAACCUGUCGACUCCAUGAAUGGACACUUCAACAUACAGAAUUUGAAGAGUCUUCUAGAGAGUCGAAAGGCAUGUUGGCAACCAGAGGCGAGUCUCGGUUUGCAUUCCCUUGGUGGAGUGUCCAUCCACAAAACUCCCGAGUUCUUCUCGGGGUUAUCUGGAACCUUGCAAAGCCCGACAAAGGGCUCAGCCUCCCAAUUGAAGCGCUCGGAUGCUGUAUCCAAGAGCAAGAACAGGGCUGGUCCCAGAGAGGCAUCUCCAGAUGAUGUAUUUCGUCAUUCUUGGCACAACCAGUCUCCCAGCCACGAGGUGGAUGUCUCGAAAAAAGUUCCCCUGUUAUCUGAGCCGCGACUUCGGGCUCCUGUCCACCAAAGGCUAGCGGGACUAGAUGUUGGGGAUGAUGAUAUCUUCUUCCAGAAACUAGAUGAAGCAUACUGCGCUACAUUCGAGCCUGAUGGCACCAAAAUUAAUCCUUUGAAUGAGGAUCUGGUGGAAUGCAACAAGUCACAUCCGUCAAUCUCAUUUCAAAGCCACAAUCAAGACUUAUCGCCGGUUGGCACAAUCGAUACGUUGUUGUGCGAUCAACUUGGACUUGAUGUUUUAACAACAUUCGCCAACUCUCCUCAUCGUCCACGAGAAGAGUCAAUAGCAUUUUCUUCUCACGGCAAUUCCACGAAAAUGAAUGCAUCGGAACUUACCUCGAGUAGAGAGGGCGUUGUGAGAGCCCCUGAAGCGCUGCUCAAGUCUCAUCCGAGCGACCAUCUUCCUUCAAAAACUGCCCUGGGAUCGGGUUCCCCAAUUCCACCUGGAUUUUGGACACAAAAGAGACUGUAUUAAUAUUAGAGAUGAGUGUUGGAGCAUGCUCCUCUCUGGCUUCCUCCUUGUGGCUAGGCUCAGUGUAUAUUCUUAACGGGAUGAAAGUAUGGGGGUUUAUUCAUAUCCAUGUCAAUAAUUAGCUCUCAGACUCAUUCAUUAAUGAAAAAAUAGCACGG